AUGCCAGAGACGCAGGUGCGCCGCCGGCUUACCCAGGUAGAGAUGCGACUGCGUGACAUAGACGAGGAAGCGAGGCGCAUCAGCGUGCUGCAGGAGCAAGAAGUCUCGAAGCUCGAGAAUGACAACGCAAAGCUGCGCGAGCGGCUCGAGGCGAUUCGCAUGGAAGAGUGCAUGUCCCUGGCUGAAGUGCAGGCCUUGAAGGAUUACGCCAGCUAUGAGCGCACUUCCGGUGCGCCGGCUGGUCGCUCAGAGUCGAAGCUGAUUGGGUCGACCACUCUCAAGUAUCAGAAUGCCAAAGCCGAAGUGCAGAAGCGCCGCCGCGAGUGUGCACAGGCCGAGCGCCAGCUCGCGGAGUCGCAGGCCCGACUCGCUGAUGUGCGGAAGGCUCGCAAGGAAUUGAGGCGACAGAAUUUUACAGCAGAGGUGUCAGCCGCGGCGCGCAGUGCAGCAGCCGACAACUACAGGGCACUGAUCCACGAGCGGUUCCGUGGCUUAGAGGAAAAGGUGGCGCGUGAGCAGGAACGCCUCAACGCUGCUAUCAAAGAGGCACAGGAGGUGCGCACUGAGAUCGACACGUUGUUGGUGAGCCAGACGAGCAACGACACAAUGUGCCACCGCCAGUGUGAUGCGCUUCUGGCGAAGCGUCGCGAGAUGGCAUACCUGAUGGAGGUGUGUAACCUCGUGUGCGAGGAGCGCCAGUGCGUCGUUGCUGAGCUCACCGAGAUGCAGGCACGUAUGGCCGAGGAAAGUCAUCAGUAUGAGGCGGUCUUCGACGAGCUGACAAGGGUGCAAAACGAGAACGCCAAGACACAGGCGGCAAACAAUGACCAGCUGGAGGAGCUGCGCCGGAUCAUCAUGCAGACCCGUGUGGAGCGGGAGGGCCUGGAGGAGGACAACAACAACGUCAAGGCCGCCAUUGAGCGUCAACAUCGUCGCACCACUACUCGCCGCCUCAACGACGAGACGAGAGCCACAGCCGCCAGCGGGUCAAACCUAAGCAGCAGUGCCUUUGCUGAAGAGCGCGGCAUCGCGGCCGCCGAUGGGGUCGGUCCUGCUGGCAGGGAUCGCGGUGCGGAGCUACAGACCCCAGAGAGCGAGUUGUCACUUGACAGCAACCAGGCGCAGGUCCGCCUAUUCGAAGACUACUACCGAAGGCUCUCCGCCAUUGUGCAGAGCGACGCCAUUGAGGACGUGGCCGGGUUCAUGGACACGGCGGCUGACGAGCGGUAUAAAGUGUUUGAGGAGGUUAACGUAAUCAAGCGCAACAUGGUGACGCUCGAGAAAGAGAAAGCGGCGCUAAUAAUGUCGAUCAGCGGGGGUGCUGGUGAUCGCGUCACCGCAUCUUACUUGACUACCAGAAGUCCAGGCAGCUCAGCCAGCGUCUCGGAGUCGGUGGGACACCCUUUCACAUCCACCUCUGCUCUCGCAGCACUCGCCGUUGCCGACACGCUCGAGGACCUGACGACUGCCACAGCCUCCAUGGCAGCCGAGAAGAGCGGCGGCUCGAGCGUGCCUGGAACGUCGACCGAAGGCAGGCAAGAGCGCUCUUCUCGCAUGUUUGACCUUCUCGAUAAUUUCGGUGCAAUGCGUGAUCGCGUGUAUGAGCAGGAGAAAGAGGAAGAGGAGAGCGCAGCGGUGCUGGCACAGGUGGUUGAACAAGUGAAUGAAGUGUUUCGUGGGCUGGGGUGCAGCAUCGACGAGCUCCGUACACUCACGGGGCUGGAGGGGGUACAGCAGGGCACCCUGCUGCAGUGCCUCGCCAUGGUCGAAGAACGCGCCAGUGAGUACCUGAUAGCGUAUUCACGUCAGCAGCAGCAGCAGCUGCUACCCUUUUCGGAAGCGUCGCACCCAUGGCCAGGGGCGCCAGCCAACGCGGCAGCGGUGGUGUCGGCGACGUGUCCCGAGCACACCGCCGCCCACACACUUCUGCGCCGACUGGACUUGCGCCCGAGGGCAAAGAAGAACGCUGUGGCGGCGACGGUGAUGCACCACGCACUGCCUCGCUCGACGGACGUGACGACAGUGAUGCCUAGCAUCAACGCACGACCGACGGGCAGCAGCACCACCUUCGAGAACUUAGUUGAAGAUCGUCCCUUGUCGGAGGUGGAGCUGAGGGAAGUCGUCGAGGCGAAGCGGGCCCUGUUGCAGCCGUAA